UGUGCGCCCCGCGGCUCGUCGUGCGUGGGCGGGCUCGGGGCGAGGAGCGGCCGAGCUCCUGAGGAGGAGCUGGGCGCCGGCCGCUCGGCCCGCGGAUCCCCGUCGCCGCCGCCGCCGCCGCUGCCGCCCCGGCCGCGGCCCUCGGCGAGAUGCCCUGUGGGGAGGACUGGCUCAACCACCCGCUCGGGAUCGUGCAAGGCUUCUUCGCCCAAAAUGGAGUUAAUCCUGACUGGGAGAAGAAAGUAAUUGAAUAUUUUAAGGAAAAGCUGAAGGAAAAUAAUGCUCCUAAAUGGGUACCGUCAUUGAAUGAGGUUCCCCUUCACUACUUGAAACCCAACAGCUUUGUGAAAUUCCGUUGCAUGAUUCAGGACAUGUUUGAUCCCGAGUUUUACAUGGGAGUCUAUGAGACGGUUAACCAGAACACGAAAGCACGUGUUCUUCAUUUUGGAAAAUAUAGAGAUGUAGCAGAGUGUGGGCCUCAACAGGAACUUGACUUAAACUCUCCUCGAUCUACCACUUUGGAAAGGCAAACUUUCUAUUGUGUUCCAGUGCCUGGGGAGUCCACAUGGGUGAAAGAGGCCUAUAUCAAUGCGAACCAAGCACGAGUCAGUCCCUCGACGUCGUACACUCCCAGUCGUCACAAGAGGAGUUAUGAAGAUGACGAAGAUAUGGAUCUACAGCCCAGUAAGCAGAAAGACCAGCAUGCUAGUGCCAGGCAAGCAGGGAGUGUUGGUGGUCUUCAGUGGUGUGGAGAGCCAAAGCGCUUAGAGACUGAAGCUUCUACUGGACAGCAACUGAACUCCCUGAACCUGUCUUCUCCUUUUGAUCUGAAUUUUCCACUGCCGGGAGAGAAGGGACCUGCAUGCCUUGUGAAGGUGUAUGAAGAUUGGGACUGCUUCAAAGUAAACGACAUUCUGGAGUUGUAUGGCAUACUGUCUGUGGAUCCUGUGCUCAGUGUACUGAACCAUGAUGACAGGGAUGCCUCUGCGCAGCUGGACCCGAUGGAGUGCACAGACGCGGCCGAAGAGCAGCGCGUGCACAGCCCGCCUGCCUCGCUGGUGCCCAGGAUCCACGUGGUUUUAGCCCAGAAGUUGCAGCACAUCAACCCUUUGCUGCCGACCUGCCUUAAUAAAGAAGAGAGCAAAGCCUUUGUCUCAAGUUUCAUGUCUGAACUGUCUCCAGUCAGAGCAGAACUGCUUGGAUUCCUCACUCACGCCCUCUUGGGAGAUAGUCUGGCUGCGGAAUACCUUAUAUUGCACCUCAUCUCUACAGUAUAUACAAGAAGAGAUGUUCUUCCCCUAGGAAAAUUUACAGUUAACCUGAGUGGUUGCCCACGGAACAGCACCUUCACAGAACACUUAUAUCGAAUUAUUCAACAUCUUGUUCCAGCGUCUUUUCGCCUACAGAUGACGAUAGAGAACAUGAACCAUUUGAAGUUCAUCCCCCACAAAGACUACGCGGCGAAUCGCUUGGUCAGUGGACUCCUGCAGCUGCCCAGCAACACCUCCCUCGUCAUUGACGAGACGCUCCUGGAGCAGGGUCAGCUGGACAGCCCAGGGGUCCACAACGUGACUGCCCUGAGCAAGCUCAUAACCUGGCAGAAGGUGGAUUACGACUUCAGCUACCACCAGAUGGAGUUCCCUUGCAACAUCAACGUUCUCAUCACCUCGGAAGGGCGCUCCCUCCUCCCGGCCGACUGCCAGGUCCACUUGCAGCCCCAGCUCGUCCCACCCAACAUGGAGGAGCACAUGAGCAGCCUGCUGGCCGGCGUGCUGCCCUCGGCGCUCAGCAAGUUCCGCGUCUACCUGACCCUGCUGCGGUUCCUGGACUACAGCAUCUCCGACGACGUGACCAAGGCAGUGGAAGACGACUUCGUGGAAAUGCGCAAGAACGACCCUCAGAGCAUCACCGCCGACGACCUGCACCAGCUGCUCGUGGUGGCCAGGUUUCUGUCGCUCAGCGCCGGUCAGACAACUCUGUCGCGAGAACGGUGGCUCAGAGCAAAGCAGCUGGAGUCGUUAAGGAGACACAGGCUUCAGCAGCAGAAGUGUGUGAAUGGGAACGAACUGUAACGACCUGACACCUCUGAGGCGGGCGGAUCAGAGCCACGUGAUUGUAGAAUUCAAAUGCCAUUUAUACUACAUCGUUUUAUAGACAAUUUCUAUCCGAAACCAAUGACUUUUCUUGAAAUCAAGCCUGGUAACAUCUGAAGUUUAUAUGAUAUUCAGUUAGGGCUUUUACCUUACUGAUUUUAUGGAGCUUUUGAAGUUUGUUUUAUAAUUAUAUAAAUUAGUAACAAUGUACAAAAACAUAUUUGAUACUGAACAUUUAAUAUUGAUAACAUUGUUGAUUAUCCCAUUUCCUGAGCUCCAGCUAAGUCACAGGCCAAACUUUGUUGAAUUGCUAAUGUUAACUUCAUUUGAAGAUUGUUGCAAUUAGAGGUUAGAGGACUCUGCAAUUAACGGUGGUUUGUUCAGGUCUGGGUCUAGGGUGCGAGUGUCCUUGCCGCCGACCCACAGAGCUGGCAGAAACGCUGGGCUCCGGCAACUCUCUCCACUUAGUGGACAGGCUCGGGCCUGGGGGCGUCACACGUAGCAGUGCCUCUCAGGCUUUUGGACGUCAUGGACCAGAAAUCUUUCCAAAAACUUAUGGGACGGGGUUGCCAAUUUAUUUUGCCAAGUAAUCAGAAAUAAAUCACUGUAUUAUCACUUUUUUUUUUUUUCAUAAAAGGAUAAUCUCAGAGUCCUUUCAGUGGAAUAAAUUUAGUGUUUUGAAAAGCACCUGUCCUCACUGUUCUCAUUGGAUCCCAGUGGAUUGAGAACCCCUGACAGGACUCACCUGAGGGACUGCUGCCCCGCAGUUGUGCCCAAAUAUGAAAUAAGCAAAAUAGUAAACUUCGGGGAGAAAAAGAUUAUAAAUCGCAAUUCCCUGAGGUUUGAGCUUUUUAGGUUUAUCAGUUACUUUCAAAUGCAUUAGAUCAAACUAACGUCUGCUGUUCCGGCAAAGGCCUGAGAAAACUACAAGUAGUUUUCCGGAGACCACCUAACAACUCGAAUACUCAAACUUUUAUAGGAACAAAAAUUUUUCCGGUAGCUGGAGAGCAAACUGAUACACUGUGCAGUGUGACUAUGCGACAAGAGUCCGAGGCUUAGGAUGUUGCUUUUCUAAAGCUGUCAGUGGUACACGAGGACUUCCGUUUAGUCAGUAACUUACCUAGUUGGAACCAGAUCCAGUGAUCCCUUACAUUUUUUCUGUGAGGCCUAAGUUGACAUUGUGAACCACGGAAAUGGAGUCAGCCUUGAAAAUUCAAGGGAUCUGAACGCCUGGUGAAGGGAAGUAAAAAUUCAUAGUUCAACUUUUCUUAAAGACAAAUCUAUUUUUAUAAACUAAUGUAAAUAAUGUUUAUAUUAGAAUUCUAACUGGUUUUCAUUUUUAUAACUGGUAGACUAGACCUUCCUUAAACUUUUAGAAAUAAAGUGCCCACUGGAUUUGUGAUAAUACAUUUUCUUUGUCCUAGAACAAAGUAGACAAGUUACCGUGAGUCUAAUUGUGCCAAUGUAAACUGUAAUUUACCAAAGAGAAAUACACAAUUUGCUUGGUCUUGCAGAAAAGUUCCUUUAAGAGAACCCUCUGUCCAAUAAAUAAAACUUCCCAAAUUACCAGUA